CUGAUUGCCUUUCCAACAUCAAUAAGUCAUAUUUUUGAAAAUUUAAAAAAAAAAAAAAUUAAUGGCUGAGAAAAGCAAGAUUUUGUUCAUCGGAGGCACUGGCUACCUUGGGAAGUUCAUCGUGGAAGCUAGUAUAAAAGCUGGUCAUCCAAGUUUUCUUUUAGUUAGGGAAAGUACUGUUGCUGAUCCUGUCAAGGGACAACUUGUUGAGAAAUUCAAGAAUUCGGGCGUCAAUUUGGUUUAUGGAGAUCUUUACAACCAUGAGAGUUUGGUGAAAGCAAUAAAGCAAGUUGAUGUGGUGAUUUCAACAGUAGGCGCCUUGCAGUUAGCGGAUCAAACCAAGAUCAUUGCUGCCAUUAAGGAAGCUGGAAAUGUUAAGAGAUUUUUCCCUUCUGAGUUUGGAAUCGAUGUGGAUCGUCAGAAUGCAGUGGAGCCGGCAAAAUCAGCAUUUGCAACUAAGGCUCAAAUCCGUCGUGCUAUUGAGACUGAAGGGAUCCCCUUCACUUACGUGCCCUGCAACUGCUUCGCCGGCUAUUUUCUCCCUACACUUUGCCAGCCAGGAGUUACUGCUCCUCCUAAAGACAAAGUCACUAUCCUUGGAGAUGGCAAUGUCAAAGCGGUUUUCAACAAUGAAGUUGACAUUGGAACUUCUACCAUCAGAGCUGUGGAUGACCCAAGAACAUUGAACAAAGUCCUCUUUAUCAGGCCUCCUAAAAACACUUACACAUUCAAUGAGCUUGUCGCUCUCUGGGAAAACAAGAUUGGGAAAACUCUUGAGAAAGUCUAUGUUCCAGGAGAGCAAGUUCUGAAAGACAUCCAAGAGGCUCCAUUUCCACUCAACAUUGGGCUUUCUAUCAACCACUCGACUUUUGUGAACGGUGAUCAGACCAACUUUGCCAUCGAUCCAUCUUUUGGAGUGGAGGCUUCCGAGCUGUAUCCUGAUGUUAAGUACAUCACAGUGGAAGAAUACCUGCAGCAGUUCGUUUGAGCGAUUGAAGUUAUUAAAGCUCUAUUUACUUGUUACUGAAAUAAUUAUAGAGCUGUUAUAUAUCAGUUGGGAUUUCAGCAGGGAGCGUAUAUGGUGUCAUUGUGCUCUUCUUUUUCUUAGAAGAAUCUAAGACCUUGAAUCAGACUGUUAAUAUGCCUAUGUUGAAUCAUAUCGUACUGUAAAGGCAGUUCUUCGUUAUAUACAUUAAAUUUGCUUU